AUGCAUCUGGUUCACGCUUUCGCGGCUUUGGCCGUGACAGGCUGCGCAGCUGCCCUGCCUCAAUCAAUUCCCCUCGAUAAAGUCGCUGAGAUCCCCGCCGCGCCAAUUACGGAGACCCCGCUUGGUGAGGGUGCUGGUACUAAGGCUAUCCCGUAUGCUCCUGAUGCUGUGGUUGCCGACACGUUCGCCUCAGUCCUUGCGGAUCCUGCGUCUGCCGACAAGGCACUGAAGCGGAGAGGUUGGGACUGUUCAGCACAGCCUCUGGGAGCAGGGCCAGUUCCAAGCCCUGAUACUCCAGAAGCUUUCCUGGCCAUGGAAGAGUUUUCGAACGCUGCCAACGAUGCCCCCGUGCCGGCUGGCUACGUCAACAAGUUCAAGAACCUGAAAGGCAGCAACAAUGCCGUAGCGUAUCUUGGAUACAAUACCUUGGACACCUACGAUACUCAAGCCUGCGCAGACUCUUGCACUGCGAAGCAAGGAUGUUCCUCAUUCAAUAUCUGCAAGUUCUUUGAGAGGGACCCCUCCGUAGUUCCUGCCGAUUCCUGCGCCAAUCCCGCUAGUACUUCAGUCAUCAAGUGUGUGAUGUGGGGUAGCCCUAUCACCGCCGAAACAGCUGUCAAUACCGGACAGUGGCGCAAUGACUUCCACGUGGUCAUUGCUGGAUCAAACGGUAUGCCUCCGAAUCGGGUGGCUCCUGUUUCUGGCUACAGCGGCGAGUCUCUUGGUAACGUCGCAAUCAAUGCCCCAAGCGACUGCAACGGUGACGAUACUUACAUGGGCUAUAAACUAUUCAACGAUGGUCAGCCAUUUGAACCCGCCCGUUGCGCUGCUGCAUGCGAGGCUGAGACCAAGUGGAACGUCGAGCAUCUCAACAGCCGCAUGUUGUGCAAAUUCUUCAACACUUACGUCCUCAUGAAAAAUGGGGAGCCACAAGGCCAGUACUGUUCGAUGUAUACCCAGAAAUGGGAGAAGAACGUCGCUGUCAAUGAUGGUCAGUGGCGUGGAGAGGACCACUACACGAUCGCGUCCAGUUAUUCCUACUCCAACACCACUGAUCCUGGAAAGCCUAAGCUCCCCUGCGAUGUCGCC